AUGGACCUGGCCAGGACUCCCAACGCGCUUCAGUUUCUGCGAGCUUCUCUGACUCGCUCACCGCGUGGUUCCCGGGAGCGCUGCCCGGAGUGUUCCCUGAACGAAGCAGUUCGGCGGAGGUCAGGGCGGGGAUCGUCCCCGCCUCGGGCACAGCAGGCAGCUCCGGGGCAAGGACGGGAGGGAGAUGCUCUCCCAACGUCCCGUCCUCUCAGCCUCCUCGCCCUUGGCGUCUCGGGCUCCGUCCAGCCCCUCGGCGUCCCGCGGCUGGCGACGGCAAGGACUUCGCUACCGCGGCCCCACCACCGCUCUGUGCCUCCGGGAAUUUCCUACCCAGACUCAGGCCAAACGGCAGUCCAGUCCCUUUGCGCGUCUGGGAAAGCCUCCAGGCCGAAAGCGGCAGAGACGCCCAGGGGCCCUCGGUUGGGAUCCGGAAAAAUUCUCAUCCAAGCCGCUUGUGCGGCAGCUGAAACGCGGGGCCCACACUGCACUUUACCUGGGUGGGAGUUAUGCCCUGCUGCCUUCCUAUCUCAGAGGGAGCAGAGGUUAACUAUCUGUGCAGGCCUGGGGCAGGUUCAGAGGAUGCUUUCCGGAGGAGGGGAAUUUUACCCAGGCUUUGAAAGAGUCUGCAAGUGAGCCUCAAAAAGGAUAUCAUGAAAUACAUUCGUGGGCAGAAAAAAAGGCAGAAAGGCGCAAUACUUCACAAGUGUGAUGGACGUUCUCUUUCAUGGCGGUGAUUCAGUUACUGCCUGGUCCCGUUUCCUCACGCCACCAUGCUGCCCCACCGUAGUCAUUUGUACGUGCCUUCUAAGGUCAUCGAUUCAUCUAGCAGCUUGCUCUGAGCCCAAGCAGAGCAGCCUUGCGCUGUCGAGGGGGUCCAUAGCACGAGGUGGACUCUGAAGAGCAGGGAAAGUAAUUUUCAGCCUUUCUGAGAGAGACUUUCUCAAGUGAGUCUUGGUGGUUGG